AUGGGUGCGAACAAUGGCGAUGGACACAACACCGGCACCGGUGGCGACGGGGACGGUGAUCAAGGAAACAACGCAGCCGACGGCCAUGACACCGGCAUUGAUCUAAAUUUCAUGGCCAAUAAGAAGAGGCGGACAUUUUACACCGACGACGAUAAGCGUUCAUUCUACACAGCCAUUUUGGCGAUGAAUGGUCGUGGUCUGUUGAAACGUGGGGUGACUAGAGAAUUGUCAGCUCGAAUGAAAGUGCCGGCAAGGGUUCUUUGGCGGGUAUGGGAUAAUGGUAGGCGAGGUGGUGGUGUGAAUGCGGUUAUCAAUAGGAAGCCGGGUAGAGUUGGUAGAAAGCGCAUUACACUAGACUCUGUUACUCUAGCGGCCAUCCCUCCGAGACACCGCACGACUGUUCGAGAUGUUGCCGGUGCAAUGAACAUGUCGAAGACCACUGUUCACAAGCUGUUGAAGGAGCAUGAGUUACGCAAACACACCAAUGAGCUUAAGCCUUUGCUAACGGAGGAAAACGAGAAAGCUCGUAUCAUGUAUUGCAUUUCAAACCUAGAACCUGCUAGUAUGCCGGAGAACUCUAUCUUCAAGGAUUCAUACAACGUCAUCCACAUUGAUGAAAAAUGGUUUUAUCACACAAGGAGAAGCCAAGGAAUUUAUUUGGGCAUUAACGAGCUGAAGCCCAUGAGGCACGCCAAAAACAAGGGACGCAUCGAGAAGAUCAUGUUUCUUGCCGCUGUUGCUAGGCCAAGAUUCAAUAUGCAAGGCAAUUGUACUUUUGAUGGAAAAAUUGGAAUUUGGCCCUAUGUUGAAUGGAAGCCAGCGCAAAGGAGAAGCCUGAACAGGCCUAGGGGAACUAUUGAGCUCAAGCCAUGCACCACGGUCGGCAUGGAUAAGAGUCGGGAAUAUUUGAUCAAUAAGGUGUUGCCCGCAAUCAAGGAGAAGUGUUCGCAAGAGGAUCGAUGGAAGCCAAUCUUCAUCCAACAGGACAACACAAAGACACAUGUUCGACCUGAUGAUCCGGCAGUUCUUGCAGCAGCUCAUCAAGGUGGUUGGGACAUUAGGGUCGUGAUGCAGCCGCCUAAUUCUUCGGAUACUAAUGGGUUAGACCUUGGCAUCUUCAACUCUCUUUAG